CUCCACUCCCUCCCCCCAACACUCGCCUCCACUCCACCUCGAAACCCACAAAAAUGGCGUCGCCCACCCACGCCGCCUACCUCGCCCCCACCGCCCCUCCCCGCCAUCUCCACCUCCUCCUCCGCCUCCGCCUCCGCGGCCGCCCCGCCGUCUCAACCUGCGUCCGCGCCACCGCCCGCGGGGGGGAUGGCGGGUCGUCGUACCUGGACAUGUGGAAGAAGGCCGUGGAGAGGGAGCGCCGCUCGGCGGAGAUCGCGCACCGCCUCCAGCAAUCCUCCUCCGCCGCCGCCGCCGCCGUGAAGGAGGAGGAGGGAGAGGGGAAGGCUGCGGCGGCGGCGGGGGACGUGGAGAGGAGGACGGCGCGGUUCGAGGAGAUGCUGCGGGUGCCGCGCGAGGAGCGGGACCGCGUCCAGCGGCGGCAGGUCAUCGACCGCGCCGCCGCGGCGCUGGCGGCGGCGCGCGCCGUGCUCAAGGACCCGCCGCCCCCGCCUCCCCCGUCCCCGCCUUCCACGCCGCCGCAGGAGCGGGAACAGCAGCAGAAGCCGGCGGCGACCGCGAUCCAGGCCGGAUCAGAGAGUGGCCUGGUUUCCCGUACGGCUCCGGGGGAGUCGGAUCGGGCAUCCCCGCCGCCGCCGGUGACGGAGACGGCGACCGAGGCGGCGAAAGUUUCAGUGCCGGACUCUGGUGAUUCAUCUCCUUUCAAGAAGUCAAGUUCCAAGCUCGGUACUCCAGGCCCGGACUUCUGGUCGUGGUUACCACCUGUGGAAAAUAGCACUAAACUAGGAGAAAUCGACACUGGGUUAAAACCAUCUGAGAAAUUAGACUCCUUCGCCGGUCAGCCUGAUCUGCUGAUGGAAAAGGAACAGUCAGAAGACAUUUUAUCGCUCCCGUUCGAAACCUCUUUCUUCAAGAAGGAAGACCGAUCUCUUCCUCCCUUCCAGUCGUUUGCUGAGCCUGAAAAUGUGGAAUCCGAGCCCAGUAUUACUGCUGAUGCAGAGGAGACAUUCGAAGAUCAGUUUUCGAAAAACGCAGCUGAGGCAGCUAGAGCUCUUAGUGCAAGCGACGAGAAGUCAUCACAUGGGGUGCGUCCAGAUGGUUCAUUGUGGUGGAAGGAGACAGGUGUAGAACAAAGGCCUGAUGGUGUAACUUGCAAGUGGACCGUGAUUAGGGGAGUUAGUGCUGAUGGAGCUGUUGAAUGGGAGGACAAGUAUUGGGAGGCUUCAGACCGGUUUGAUCACAAAGAGCUAGGUUCUGAGAAGUCUGGUCGUGAUGCUACAGGGAAUGUUUGGCGGGAAUACUGGAAAGAGUCUAUGUGGCAGGAUUUCACAUGUGGUGUUAUGCACAUGGAGAAGACGGCAGACAAGUGGGGACAGAAUGGUAAAGGGGAGCAGUGGCAAGAGCAGUGGUGGGAGCAUUACGAUUCAAGCGGUAAAGCUGAGAAAUGGGCUGAUAAAUGGUGCAGCUUGGAUCCAAAUACACCACUAGAUGUUGGUCACGCUCAUGUUUGGCAUGAAAGGUGGGGCGAGAAGUAUGAUGGCUGCGGAGGUAGUGCAAAAUACACUGACAAAUGGGCUGAACGAUCAGAGGGUGACGGGUGGUCAAAGUGGGGCGAUAAGUGGGAUGAGCAUUUCGACCCGAAUGGCCAUGGAGUGAAGCAAGGGGAGACCUGGUGGGCAGGCAAGUACGGGGAUCGCUGGAAUCGCACCUGGGGCGAGCAUCACAACUGUACUGGUUGGGUGCACAAGUAUGGCAGGAGCAGCAGCGGUGAGCACUGGGACACACACGUUCCCCAGGACACCUGGUAUGAGCGUUUUCCGCACUUUGGCUUCGAGCACUGCUUCAACAACUCGGUGCAGCUCCGGUCUGUGAAGAGGCAGACUCCAAAAAACACUAAGCCUGAAAAAGAUUAGAUAUUUAGAAUAGAAUCUACUCAAUUGCUAUCAUAAAAAAUAGUUGGCUACAUGGCCAUCUUUCAUUUUUGAUCUUGCUGAAGAGCCCAUGCUUGUAAAAUAAGAUUGAAUGGCUGAUUUCAGUUGUCCGGUUUUAUGCCAAUACCUGUACCGAGCUAUGUUAUCAAAAGUUCAUAUGCUACUAUGCAAUAGAAAGGUUCCUUCUUUUAGUUUCA